GUGGCAAAUCACCGCACCUCAAGCAUGUCCAGCCUCAACUCCCAGGAAUCCUCCAAUGACAUCUGCAAGCUGACAGACAAGCAGCAGGCCGAGUAUAGUGAUGCCUACAGGGAGUACAUCGCUCAGAUGGCCCAGCUGGAGAUGUCCGGCAGUGGAGGAGAGCGGCCGGUGCAGCCCCACCCCGGCCAGUUCCUGCAGGCUGCCAGCUCAGAGGACAGAGGGGCUAAGGAAGGAGCUGACCAAGACAGCCGCAAGUCCCUGAGCAAGAGAGGCUCCAAGACCAGUGAUGCCACAGACUUUGCCUCAGGGGGCGAUGCCCAGCCCCUGGACCCCAUCAGUGAAGAGGAUGAGAAGCUGGACCACAGCUCAUCCUCCAGGACCCCGGGCCCCAAGAAGAAGGCAGCUGGGUCGUACUACCAGAAGCUGCCCAAUGAUGACGACUCUGGCCCUGACGACACCACACCUCUCCUCCACAAAGAGGACCUUACAUCCUACAGAGGCUCCCAGCCCGCUGGGCCGCUGACCAAGCCCGGCUUCCUUAACGAAAUUCUCCUGGAUAAGAAGGACUCGUCUGACUCGGGGAUGCGCUCCAGCGACAGCUCCUCGGACCACUCCUCGGAGGAGACUCAAGGAGACGCUGACACUGAGGGAGAUCCUCUGAACCCUGGGAUGCUUGAGCUGGAGGGGUUGGUGAAGAAGAGAGGCCUCCUCCCCAGCAGCCUGAGCGGCCUGCAGGACGCCACGGUGGCGCGCAUGUCCAUCUGCUCCGAGGCUCCGUCCGAGGCCAGCCUGAUGGCCAGCAGCCCCGACGAAGGAUGGCCGUCCGGCGGCAUCUCUAACCUCAACCGCACGGCCAGCAACAGCACGCUUAACAACAACACAAGCAGUCCAACUGACACCAACACAAACACCAACAACAGCCGUCAGCAGCAGGCCAACCUCGCAGGCACACAGUCCACCACCAACUCCUCCUCGGGCAUCGCCAUCUCGCCAGCCGUCAUCAUCAUCCCCGGCAGCGGCGGCGGCAGCGGCGGUGACACCGCAAACACCACGGCUGCCACCAUCCACAACCAGAACCUGCGCACCGUCAGCCUUGGAGACGAGAGGGAGAGCGUCCUCUGAGCAGGAGCCAUAUGUGUUGGUUAUUCUGAUGAGUGGCGUGUAGGCUGCUCUUCUUGAUGUUGGUGGUUGAGUUAAACUCUGUUGAUGUUGUGACGUGUUUCAAAGAAUAAGAGUAGAGUAGUGUUUCAAUGUUUGGAGGAAAGUGUAGGAAACAGGCUGUGAGUAGUACUAGGAUACAUCUGUAGUUACAUUAGUAUUUAAUUACACCAGGAAAUGCUUUGGUCAGGUCAAAUCUGGGAUGCUUUAACUUCCCUUGUGUUACGACGCGUGUGUCUCUCCUGUGUUUGGAUAGCGAUUGUGUGAUUUCGCUCACGUGGACGUGCUGCUGUCGUGUGGAAAUGUUGUGUCGCAUGAUGACAUGUUACUUGUUGUGGACAAAUUGUUGCAGGUGCUGUUUCAGGAAACGAGUAAUAAUAUAUGAAAUAGAAUUUAAAUAGAUGGCGUAGACAGUGGUAAGUUGUUGUUGGUAUUGUUGUGGUAGAAGAAGUGCAUGCACUGGACUCCAGAGCGGUAUCGGUCUUUUCCAAAAUUCCUUGUGAAACUGUUUAGUGAAUCAAUAAACUUGUGGACUCGGUGGACUCGGUGUCAUGUUUCUCUUUUUUUUUUCGCUGCUUCUCACAGGAAAACCAGCUGUGAUCGGUGGAGUCAUGUAGACUGAGAUUUAGCUGCUAAGUAAAUUCAUCUAAAAGUCUUAUUUUUAACCAUUGAAUGUUUUUAAUGCAGUUUGACAGAAGACAGUUGCAGGCUGAGAUGAGGGUUGUCACUGGAGGGUUUCAUGUGUGCCGAUAGAUGGCGCACUUUCCAUAGGAACGUGUUUCAGGCUGGUGGUGUGGUCUGUCUGUCAGACAAGUGGGAAACAACUUGAGCUCAGUGACCCUCAAAGUUUGACCUGCUGGGGCCUUUAAGCAUUUUUUUAAUUCCCUUUAGUUAUUUUACAUUUCACUGUAAAUUACUAAAUGUAUAAUUCAUUCAUCAACACAUUCUUUUUUCUUUCCACAGCCUUAAAGAGAGUUUACACACUUGAUCCAAACAGAUCCCAUGAAGUGGUACUCGGGGUGAAAUCAUCAUUACCUGUGGGUGUGCCGCCUGGUGGGUGGGUUUGUGGUGUUAAUGUGAAGGCGAUGAUUGACAGGUGACUGUAUCACCCAGCAGCCCCUUGUACUUUCUUACGACUGAUGCCACUUGUACAGUGUUCAAGUCCUCAGAUUUCCUUCACUGUUCAAUAGUUCUCACUACUUCAUCUUGUGUGAGUUGUAGAAUCAGUGUCAUUUAUUCUAUCAAACGACAGAAGAACCCAUUUUUAAAGCCCUUACACCAAACUCCAGUUAUAAAAGGGGGAAUUAAAAGCCAUAGCUGCCCAGAAUAACACUUUUGGGAGCAGCAACGCAUCAGCGGCCCACUUUCACCUCAAGUUAAAUUUCCAUAAUUGUUCCCUCUUCUUUUAAACACUGCCUACAGCCCCAUAGCAUUAAUGGUUCAAGCUGUCACGCUCAAACCAUUUAAUCCUAUUUACUUUACAUAGCAUGUGAGGAAGUAAAAGUGCAGCCAGUGUGCCCCAAAUAAGCUUCGACGCAACUGUGCGCCUCGCAGGUCGUGUUUGCCCUCAGGAGGGAGAGUUUCCAGCCAUUAUAGGUCACACAGUGCAGGUCUGAUAAGGACGCUUUGUUGUGCAUCUCGUCUCUGGAGUGCGUCACAUGUUCUCUGUACAUAAAGCAGCACUCGUGUCCAUACAGCUGUGGGGGAAUGUCAGCUGGACGCACAGCUGGGAGACUGAUUUUUACGCACUGGUUCCAUGACACCAAUUGAUCCACUCCUUCAAAUAAAACCAAUCCAAAUCGUUGUCUUUUUCGAUUUAUUUUUGUAUAAAAAAAAGGUACAAUUUACAUUACUUUUAUAAAAAGUCUCAGCAUAAUUAAGUACAACAUUACACUUUUGCAGAAGUGUCAAAUUUCUGCAACUAUACAAGAUAAACUCCCGAUGAGAGUUGACAAAGGUUUCAUUCUUUUCGUUUUUACUUUUUUUCUUUUCUUUUUAAACAACGUCCAGUCCUUCAUGUGCCAACAAAUCUGACAAGACAAGACUAAACUUUUUACAGUAACUAACCCAAGUUUUUUUUUUUUUUUUUUUUUUCUUUUCACGUUCCCAACUCCGCAAAAAAAGCGAAGACUUCAACAAGGAGAAGGGGGGGACAAGGGGUGAAGAGGAGAAGGGAGAGGGGUGAGGAGAGGGGAAAUAAUCCUUGUGACAAUAAUCUCGUUUUUCCUCCCAUUUACGGGAAUAUAACGCGCCUUCCAUUUUCAGAAAGGACCCACAAAUAAUAAUAAAAAUAAAGAAAAA